CCCGUAUUACUAUACGCCUCUGAUAGUAAAUGACACUUCAUCUCUAUGUCUCAGGGAAGAGAUUCCUCCCGGGGUUCUAGGACGAUCUAUGUGUCCAGCUGCUGCUGUAGCUCCACCUGCUUAGACUUCUGCCCAUCGCCGGAUCAUGCUGAGGGCGAGAGUGCAGCAUCUGCUGCUGGGGAAGAUCUGCGGACACCAGCGCCCCGGGCCCACCGCGCUGCCAGCUCUGCUGAGCCAUCCCUCCGCGCGGAGCCAUCAAACCUUACAUCCGGAAUGGGCAGCCCUGGCCAAGAAACAGCUCAAAGGGAAAGAUCCAGAGAGUCUAAGAUGGCACACGCCAGAGGGUAUAGUGAUCAAGCCUCUGUACACCAAGAGGGACACCGCAGACCUACCCGAGGAGCUGCCGGGGGUCAGUCCGUUCACCCGCGGCCCGUACCCCACCAUGUACACCCACAGACCCUGGACCAUCCGGCAGUACGCUGGCUUCAGCACCGUGGAGGAAAGCAACAAGUUCUAUAGGGAUAACAUAAAGGCCGGUCAGCAGGGAUUAUCCGUAGCCUUUGACCUGGCCACCCAUCGGGGAUAUGACUCGGACAACCCUAGGGUUCACGGAGACGUGGGUAUGGCCGGGGUGGCCAUCGACACUGUAGAAGACACCAAGAUGCUUUUCGAUGGUAUUCCCUUGGAGAAGAUGUCCGUUUCCAUGACCAUGAACGGGGCGGUCAUCCCUAUCCUGGCCAUGUUCAUCGUCACCGGACAGGAGCAGGGCUGUCCUCAGGAGCAGCUGACCGGGACCAUACAGAACGACAUAUUGAAGGAGUUCAUGGUCAGGAACACCUAUAUAUUUCCACCGGAGCCGUCCAUGAAAAUCAUCGCUGAUAUCUUCCAGUACACCUCACAGUUCAUGCCAAAAUUUAACUCCAUCUCAAUCAGCGGAUAUCACAUGCAGGAAGCCGGGGCCGAUGCCGUCCUGGAGCUGGCGUACACAAUAGCGGAUGGUCUGGAAUAUUGUCGGACAGGGCUAAAGGCCGGGCUGACCAUUGAUGAAUUUGCUCCAAGGUUGUCCUUCUUUUGGGGCAUCGGGAUGAAUUUCUACAUGGAAAUUGCAAAAAUGAGAGCCGGUCGGAGGCUGUACGCCGACCUGAUAGAGAAGAACUUCCAGCCCAAGGAGAAGAAGUCGCUGUUGCUGAGAGCGCACUGUCAGACUUCUGGGUGGUCACUCACAGAACAGGACCCCUAUAACAAUGUCGUCCGCACGGUGAUUGAGGCCAUGGCCGCAGUUUUCGGGGGCACCCAGUCGCUCCACACCAAUUCCUUCGAUGAGGCUUUAGGUCUGCCCACAGUCAAGAGCGCACGGAUCGCCCGCAACACCCAGAUUAUAAUUCAGGAGGAGUCUGGGAUACCCAAGGUGGCGGACCCCUGGGGUGGGUCCUACAUGAUGGAGUGCCUGACAGAGGAUGUCUACCAAGCUGCUCUGAAGCUUAUUAAUGAGGUAGAAGAGAUGGGCGGAAUGGCCAGAGCCGUGGCGGAGGGUAUCCCAAAACUGCGCAUCGAGGAGUGUGCGGCCCGCAGACAAGCCAGGAUCGAUUCAGCUUCUGAAGUGAUUGUCGGUGUGAACAAGUACCAGCUGGAGAAGGAGGAGAGUGUGGAGGUUCUUGCCAUCGAUAAUACAGCGGUCCGCACCCGGCAGAUUGAGAAGCUGAAGAAGGUCAAGGCCAGUAGAGACGGAGCUGCUGCGGAACGCUGUUUGACUGCAAUCACUGAAUGUGCCGCCACCGGCCAGGGAAACCUCCUGGGACUUGCAGUGGAAGCCGCCCGUGCAAGAUGCACCGUGGGAGAAAUCACUGAUGCCAUGAAGAAGGUUUUCGGUGAACACAAAGCCAGCGAUAGAAUGGUGAGCGGGGCGUAUCGCCAGGAGUACGGGGAGAGUGAAGAGAUCGCCUUUACUCUGAAGAGAGUCCAGAGUUUCAUGGAGAGAGAAGGACGGAGACCUCGUCUGCUGGUCGCCAAAAUGGGUCAAGACGGCCAUGAUAGAGGGGCAAAAGUUAUCGCCACGGGGUUCGCAGACCUUGGCUUUGAUGUGGACAUCGGACCCCUUUUCCAGACUCCUCGUGAGGUGGCGCAGCAGGCCGUGGAUGCGGAUGUGCACACUGUUGGUGUCAGCACGCUAGCCGCAGGGCACAAAACCCUCGUCCCGGAGCUCAUCAAAGAGUUAAAAGCCUUAGGACGACCUGAUAUUCUGGUGAUGUGUGGAGGAGUCAUCCCACCCCAGGACUAUGAGUUCUUGUAUAACGCCGGAGUGUCCAAUGUGUUCGGACCCGGAACCCGAAUCCCCAAAUGUGCGGUACAAGUCAUCGAUGACAUAGAGAGGAACCUGGAGAAGCGUCAGCAGUCGUUAUAAAUGGGCAGGACUCCAUGUUGUACCCUGCUGAAAGAGCUCUACAGAUCGUGAUGGACUCUUGAAGAACUUUGUAACACAGUUUAAAGACUAUUUUUGGUCUCAAAAGACUUUUUGCCCCGUGGCAUCAAAUGUGAUCAGAUCUUUGGUGUUUGUAAGAAUAACUUUAUAUAUUCAAUUAUAAUUUAAAAUAAAACACUUUUUGUAA